AUGUCAAGUGAAACAUGUCGAUGUGAUCAAACGAGUAAUUGUAUCUACCCUGCUGGUAUCUAUAAUCAAUCAAAAGCCAUUAUUUCAAAUGAAGCAUUUUCAAAUAAUGCAUCACUUCUAUUUGUUGUACCAGGAUUUCAAGUUGGAUGUGUACCUCAAAAUGCAUUACUUCAAUCGACAUUAGAAUGUUUUUAUAAUCAAUCAUGCUUGGAUAUAGUUAUUACAUUAACUGGGGCUCUUCGUACUGUCUUUGCACUAAAUAUUUCGAAUUCUAUUUCUCGAUUUGGUCCAACAACAACUAUCGGUGAUAUUUUUGAUAAUCUAAUGCUCGAAUCCUGUCGUUUUUCAAUACCACGCUCAACAUUCAUGCAUUAUGAAGUACAAUUUCAUCCAUUUUGUACAAGUAGUUUUAUUCGUGAUGAACUUUGGCUUCAAUAUUGGACGAUGGAAUUUCUCAAUGGUACUAUCGAUCCAACUCCAUCUUUAUAUUGGGUCGAUUUUCGCAAGAAUGGAUUGACUUUCUUAAAUUAUAUUAGAAUACUAUGUGAUUUCAGUACUACAACUGUAUCUGAUGUAUUGAAUACAUUCGAAACAGAGAACCAUUUCUCUUCUCAACCCAUAACAAAACUCGAAUUCAAUCAACUAACUCAUAAUUGGACCGAUUCUUUCAUAUUGCAGGUAAAAAAAAGAUAUAAAAGAUUGCCUAACAAUAUACUUUUCGAUUCAUUAGUUCGUUCAAAUCGAAAGUCUCAUCUACUGUUGCUAUGCGCUUUCUUCUACACUAUGAAUCUUUUGAUGAC